CGUGUUUCACCGGACCUCUGAGUCCGGAUUGUCGCCGCAGUAGUCGGUCAUCAUCGGUGGUCAUUGUUGGAUCUUUCACGAGACGCAAAAUACUACAAUAAAUCAUAUAGUUACAUAUCUACAACUGAUACUGAUGCCAACGCUCAAUCAUCGUUCCUCACUGGCUUAAACCACUCAUUGAAUAAAAGAACAACAUAAAAUGCGAAAAUAAAUGUCAAAUAUCAUUCAGUUUAAAAAUUUCCACCAACUAAUUAAUUAAUUCAUCAAUAAAAUAACUAGAAUUCAUUUUGAAACCAAUAGGAUCGAGGUUUCAUCAACAACUACAGAGUUGUCAAAAAGGGGGGAGAAUGAGUGCACCAACAUCGUCUCACACGAUGGCCGGACAGCUUAUCGAUAAUGCAAAAUAUCUACUGACAUCAUGCCUCACAGUCCUCGCUCAGAUGUCCUUGGGUCAAGUAUUGCUUCGUGCUCUGGAUCGAGGCUUCUGGAUCAUUGAAAAGUCAGCUCAGUGGAGUCUUCCCUACCACGAAUCAGUGACUGAGGAAAAUGGAAAAUUCCUCCAGAGCAUGGAGCUCGUUAGACCUCUUCCCUGGGUGCUCUUCCUCCCAGGGCUGAUCGUACUUCGUUUAUGCAGAUUUGGAUGGAAUCUUGGAGCUGUAAUUUUUGGGUAUCCAACGAUCGAGCCCAGCGACAUUGUCAAGUAUAUCCAGAAAAUUCGAAGGCGUCUGAGAACAAUCAAGACCAAUGGGAUCAAAACACUCAGGCAGAAACGAGUCGCUAAUCAUCGUCCCCUGGAAAAGAGUCUUCAAGAAGCGAACAGAAGCCUGAUUAAAUCCAUCCAAUUAACCCUGUCCAGUCUUUCGUGUCUUGAUAGCUCCAAGUCCAAUGACUCGCCUCCACCAACCAGGAUUCAAGUUAGCGUGAAUCAUGAAAUGUCAGUAACUUCUGAUGAGAAAUCUGCCACUGAAUCGACAAUCGCUACCUUCAGGACCAUAGACCAAAAGAGGAAGUAUGCUCAGAUAAGUUCUGAUGAUCAAGAGACUGAUGAGUCAGAGGAUGAAAAUUUGAACUCGAAAAUUGAGCGUCUAGCACGUGAGAGCAGUAUUCAUGAUGAAGACUUUGAACCCGAGGAAAGUUCUGACAGCACUGAAUCAAGUCAAACCGAUUUGGAAGAUGAGGAUAAAAAUAUAUCUCAGGAUGAAGUGGAGCAUUUGAUACAGGAAAAUGAACACUUGGCUAUACACCAAUUUGUUUUUUCUAACAGCGUCAGGCAUUCAGCUAAUGACACUCAGGAUACGUGUCCCACCAACAAUAAAAAAAAUCCAGAGAUCGAACUUGCUGAGGAGCAACGGAAUUAUUUCUCCCCACAGAGUGGGGACGAUGGGGAGACUGCUUUUUACUCGCCAAUCAGCUCCAAGAGCGCGAGUCCAGAGAGGGUUAUACCCACUUUUAAAGGACAUCAAAACGAGGACGGAGUCGAGCAGUUGGAGGCAGUAGAGGAGAAUUAUAAAGCAGAUGUGGAUGGAAAAAUUGUAGAGAAAAGCAAUGGGCAUGCAGAAACGACUGGAUCAGAGCAAACAGUAAAUACAAACAAAUGUGCAUCAAAAUUCCAGAAUAAAUCGUAUCAUCAUAAAGGGAAAAGAAUGAAUCAUGGAUCUCGCAAGAAGAAAUAAUAACUUAUGGGAAAAUCUUUCAUUUGACACUCAUCUACUGAGAAGGAAAGCAGUUUCACCAUCUCGUCUCAUCUCUCGCGUGAUUUAUCCACUCUCUUCCAUCGUUUACUAUUUGCUUAUUACUCAUCGUUAAUCUUUUCUAUAAACUUUUUGCUAUUAUCUUAGACUUAGAAAUCUAUUUAUACAAGUUAUCAUUCAUUACAACUCACGAUUACACGAUUUCAAUUUUCGCAUAUAAAUUAGUCGCUUAUAUCAAUAAAUUAUUUAAUUAUUUCGUCGUAA